AUGCCCGCACCAGGCUGGAACGUGACUGAACCCAUCUCCCUUGCCUAUCGUCUAUACCGUAUCGCACAGCAGCUUCAAUACGCCCCGGAAAGCGCGAAAGAGCUCAAAUCCAAGAUCGAGGACUUUGAUUCGUCUUUGAGAUCGCUGCAGGAAGUGCUCGACAAGCUCGAUGGAAGUAGCGAGACCUCUCUGUCCGCCCAUAGGCUAGCCCAGCUAAGAAAAGAGGUGGUUCAAGGAGAGAAAUGCAUCAAACGAUGUGAAGACUUCAUUGCAGAUUUCCCAGGUAUUACCAGCGAUGGAAGUAAACGAGCUGCCGGGGCCGGUGCCGCCCUCUGGCUGUGGAAAAAGGACAGGGCAGAGAAACUCACCGAGCAGAUGGAGAGUCAUAUUCGGCACAUAAGCUUCAUACUCCAGAUCAACACUUUUGCCCAAGCCCACAGUCCGCAAGGAAAUACUCGAAGAAACAGCAAAACCGAGAUGCAAGAUCUACCGCCGUACACGUGCCCCCCGCAUCCAACGAAUCCGGAUACAUACUUUCAGCGACAGCCUCAGACACCCAGCAGCUUCUUGAAUAUUCAGCUACCUCCGAUCCAGAGGAAUGAAAGCGGAGGUCAAGAUGUUACUACAACCCAUGAUGACAUGCUCUCGAGACAACUCGAUUCUUUUCGAAUAAACGUGGUCAUACCCCACGUGGAACAUCCCGAAGCGUCUGGGUCAAUCAUGACUUACCAAGUGAAAUUGGAACGAACAGAAUUCAGCAGCGAAAGGGUACGAAGUAGUAGUCUAUCGGGGGAGCCUGCUGGCCCGUCAUCUGCCAGCGCACGAUCCCGCUCUAGCCUAUCCUCUUCAGCCGACAGCGCUACUAUUACGCGUGAGCAUCAUCGCCAGGUGUUCGAGUUCGACAAUAAAGAUGAUUACAAGACUUUUCAAGAGAUGGUUCUUGGUCCUGAAGUCGAAUUGCAGGCGCAAAUCCCGGCUUGGAAGAUCACCUCCAAAUGUUUCAAUGGGGCGGCAGCAACGGAAAGUAAACAACAGAGUGUGCGAUUGUGGCGACGUGGGAGACAUCAAUAUUUGCUUUUCUUCGCUAACAAGUCUUCGGAAACCUACAAGGAAUUUCGUAUGAGCUGCUUUACAGCAAAGGAGAAGUCAGAGACCAUGGUCAAAUUCAAGCUUGACUCUACUAAUCUCAACCAUCAACCAGGAUCUAAUGCUUGGGAUGGAUCAUUCAAUCAUAGCUAUCCCACCUACCAGGACGCAGCACUUCCUAACAUGGGUCUAACAAGACUCAUUGACACCGACGAGCUGAAGAACCUGGAAUAUGUGGCUAUUGAGUUCGAGGAUAGCAAGGGCAAGACAUCUUUCAUGCAGAAGGCAAAUUUCAGUGGCUUUGUCGACGAUCCAGUAUCACCCACUGUAACAUUCGCCCCUCGACUUUCGACCGGGUGA